CCUUUAUCAUUAAUAGCGUUUGUUAUUUAAGUAAGUAUUGUGUUGUAAGCAGGCAUAGUAUCUGAAUAGUCGUUACGAUAGUGUCAUCGUUCUCAUUCAUAAUGGAAGUCGAAAUACAUCCUGAAAAUUUCAAACUCAAAAAUCAAUACAUCUGCCCAAAUAAGAUCUUAAAUAAAGUCGAUCAGUGUAUCAGAAAUAUAGCAGACAACAACGGAUUUCUCAAGUACAGCAUUGAAAAGAAAGAAUUCUGUACAAAUGGAGGCAAUUAUCUAGGAUUACUUUACGAAGUCGAUGUAAAUGGACACACUAAAGAAGGCAAGAAAGAACUAAAUAUAUUCGUCAAAAGCAUUCUCACAGGUAACUGUGAUUUGGAAAUACUAUCUGUACACGACGUCUAUAAAACUGAAAUGUUCGCUUACAAAGUACUUCUGAAGAUAUUCGAUGAACUACAAGAAGAAGCUAAUGUACCAGAGAAGGAAAGGUACAAAAUGGUCAAGAGUUAUGAAGAGAGUGAUGCAGAAGUGAUUAUAAUGGAAAAUGUCGCAAAAAAGGGAUUCAGUACUGGACAUAGGAUGGAUGUUCCAUCUUUACAGUUUGCAGAAAAGGCUAUUGCAGAACUUGCUAAAUUUCAUGCAUUUGCUUUCGUGCUAAAGGUAAAGCGACCAGACUUUUUUGAAGAGCAAAUUAAAACUAGGAAAGCACCAUAUAAUGCUGGUGAGCAAUGGCAAGGUCUUGCACAGAAUAUGAUUAAGACGGUAAUGGAUAAUAUAGACGAUGGAGUCAAGGAACAAGUUGAGAAGUUUUGUGAAAAUAUUGUGGAGCGAUUCACGAGUUUUUAUGAAGAUGAGUCUAUACGACGAUGUCUGUGCCAUGGUGAUUACAGGCCUAACAAUAUACUGACCAAAACCGUUGAUGGAGAGAUAACAGAACUGAUUCCAGUGGACUAUCAACUGAUGAACUACGGGUGCCCCAUAAUAGACUUCUUAUAUUUCAUCAUGUUCUGUACAGAUAAGCCGUUCCGUAAAGCUCAUCUGAUGCACUUGAAAGACGUAUACCACAUGACAAUGACAAGAUUUUUGAAAUAUUUUGACUUGGACAUCGACAAUUUUUAUUCCCGGGACGAUUUUGAGAAGGACUAUGAAGGGAGAUUAGGUUAUGGACUUGUAUUCUCUCUCUUAUUUCUUCCUUUUAUGUUCGCGACGGAAGAUGAUGUCCCUGAUCUGUCAAAGGACGAUAUGGCUAAUUUAAGUAUCAAUGUUGAUGAUAGGUACAAGAAUCGGAUUCAAGGAAUUGUUGACGAUUACAUCGAGUGGGGUAUUAUUUAAAGUAUUACAUAUAUGGAAUAUAUUUUUGCUUUCUAUUUAAUUUUA